UUGCUUCGAGAAACAAAGUUAUUUCCAACAAAAACGACCGACGGUGAUGGCGACGGAUGGUUGAAGGAUUGCAAUGUUCGGGUUUUUACAUAUCAUAAAAACUUCGAUUCGCGAUCCUCAGCCUGGUUUGCUUAGAAACAAAGUUAUUUCCAACAACAACGCACAGUGUUUGGGUUGAAUUCCAUUGUUCAUAGUGUCAACAAGUGAGUAAAGCUUAAAGUUAUUAAAAAGAGUUUAGAAAAUAAAUUAUAAGUGUAAAUAAGUGAAUAUUUUGGUAAAUUGGUAGAAUUUGUGUUCAAGUAAAUUUAAAAAUGAGUUUUGGUUUUAGUAGGAGCAAUUUAAAACGCUUGGCAAAGCAAGAAAGGGAUAUUUUUGAUAGGAAAGUUAAUGAGGCCAUUGCUAGUAAUAGCACGCCAGCUUUAGAAACUGUAGACAUAAAUAGGGACUUAGAAAGUGAUAUUGAGAGUGAGAUUGAAAACAGUAGUUUCAAUGCUCCACAGACAAGCUCUCAUAUCUUUUCAAAUCAAUGUGAAAAUAAUAAUAAAUUGUCUGACAAGCUGAAGCAUUGGUUUACUAAACAUAAUCCUUCACGGAAUUGUACCGAGGACUUAUUAAAAAUUCUAAAGGCUUCCGGAUCUAAACAGUCGGCAAUUGACUCCAUUGAAUUUUCACCCACAAAGCAGCCAAGGCGGAUUUUUAAGAAAACGAAUCAACAAGAUAUGAUGGACGAAAUGAGAGCGGACAUUAAACGUUUGUGUGUCACCACGGAGCAGCUAAAAAAUGAGAUCUGCACUUUGGCAGCCCACAUCAAACACUUAAUAAAGGCUGAUGUUAUCAAUUCAAAAGAAGUAUCUACAAAUUUCCCUAUUGAAACAAUCAGUGAUUUGGACGAAAUUGAAAAACGAGCAGAAGAAGAUCCACAAAAAUACACCGAUAUUUUCAAGAAAAUUAUCGAUUCGUCAGGCGGGGGCUUGGAAAAGGCUCUGAAGAAUAUUAUUUCGUCAGAGAUAGCCAUAGAACUCAAUUAUGAAGGAACGAAUGGAAAACAUUCUUUUAAAACGCUGACAAACAUUAAUUCAUGUUUAUAUAGUAAGUUUAUAUAAUAUUUAUUUUUAUU